ACAAUCUCUAGCGUUAUGCAGUUUCCCGUUUUCCUCCUCUCCCUGUAUGACAUGGAUAUGCGGACCUACAGCCUACCUAUUUACAGCAGACAACAAGCAAUUGCUAUUCAAGAAAGGGUUAUUGUAGAGCUCACAGUGUCUUCACAAUGUUGCUGCCCGGGGAGCCUGUUUGCACCACACGUCAAAGGCUUGCAUCCAUGUGCUGGCAUUCGCUCUCCUGCAUUAUGGCCUUGUCUUUUCAGGACUCUACGCCCAUAGGCACAUAGCCCCCAGUGUUCUCACUGCUCCUUAUGUUCUAUAUUUCUUUUUUGAAUAACUACACCCGAAGUCCUUUGCUAUCUAAAUUCUUUGAAUUCUCCGAGAAGAAAGUCACUAUCGUCUUACAAUAGAGCAAUCCAUUCUAAGUGUAUCACUCCGUUCAAUAAACACAUCAUCAGCAGCGAAGUUGAGUAGAUUGUUUUCAGUCGGCCUUCAACAUGGAUUCCGAUCACUUUCAGCAGAAUUCUCAACAUCACGACUUGCCUUGGGACUUUCAAACUUCGGAGAAUACUGGCACGACAGCACAAGCGCAAGCUGAUGCUAUAUUUCCAUCAUUUGACGGUCUACCUCGAAUCAGUCAAGAUCAGUACUUCAUGGCUAGUCCAUCAUCAUCCCCUAUGCCCAAUAAUGACUACAACCUUACAACAUCCCAAAUGCCGGUCUCUCGAAAUCUCAACUCCUGGGGUCAACAGGCGCCAAUAACUCCUGGCUUUAGAGACGAUGGGAAUGGUUACUCUUACGAUUGUCCAACUGAUCUCUCUGGUCUUGAACAACAACAUUCUCUCAAAGCUUUCGAUGACAUCCCUCGAACUACAUGGCAACAACCUUAUGCCAACAUGACCAUGACGUUACCAGUAUAUCCUUUUGAUACCAGCGACAAUGUCGGAUCCAUGGUAUCAUCGAGGGCUGACCAUGGCGGAAGAUCUGAUGAUUGCGUCAUGAUGGAUGCAGCUCAAAAGCCCCUCAACUCUAAAACCCCCUCCAGCUUAUGCUCCGAGGAAGAUGGGCAUAGCUCGCGCGAGCCUACCGCAAUGGAUGUCGAUGCUGAUAGUCAUGGUGCGGAUGAGCAACCGUACGCAAAAUUGAUCUAUCGAGCACUGAUGAGUGCGCCAGACCAUUCUAUGGUUCUACAGGAGAUAUAUCGUUGGUUCCGAGAGAACACUACUAAAGGGAGUUCGGACACCAAAGGUUGGAUGAACAGCAUCCGUCACAAUCUAUCAAUGAACGCUGUAAGAUUCUAUGAUUAAGUAUGUUUUGCGAUUUACUGAGGCUGACAUGUUCGACGUAGGCGUUUAAAAAGACGGAGCGAAAAAUUCCUGGAGAAGAAACCAAAAAGUCUACGGAGUGGGUUUUGGAAGAUUUUGCAAUCAGGAGUGGAGUUCAGUCUACGACUCGAUAUCGCAAGGGAACAGGUAGCAAGAAAUACGCCAAAGCAGAAAGCACUCCAAGUCCAAACCAUCUAAGUCGGCACAAUUACAAUGCGAUGCGAAAACCUUCGUUUCACUCUACUGGCAAAGGAAAGUUAUUACGUCAACGAGGGAGGGAAGAUCCAAGUCCAAGACGAAUGAUUUCAACAUCGUCCAGAUAUCCAGGAAGCCAAUUUCACGCCUCAAAUGUUAAUUCUGUAUCGAGAUCUCCACGAAGAUCACCUCCAACGCCAACUCCAGAGUGCCGUGGAAUUUACAGCCCCGUUAUCAAAGAGGAAAACUACAAUCCUGCAUACGAUCUCUACAGAUUUGAAGAUUGCCAAGGAGUGCUCCCUGAUGAUCACGGCCCACUCUUCAUGGACAAUCAAAAUCCACAGUUCAUGCAAGUUCAUCCGAUGUGUGCCAAUAACCAAUCCUAAUAAUGAGGGGUUAAUGGAAGAGAAUUUAGUGCAGUGUUUGUUAUGUAUUGUAAGGGUGGAAGAACUGCUUCGAUACAUCGAAUAGAUGCAAGUUUCGUUUGUAAUCAAAAUAUUGCAUCGCUGGGGGGUUUAUUGUCUGUACUAGGAUUUUAUGCUGCGAUCCCGUUGUCUAUUUGCUAUAGCUUUUCACGCAGGAUGUCAAGAAUCUUUAAUUUCUUUGAUCAACGGCACCAGCGGCAAAAUCUCAAUGAUGGUAAGCGUUUGUAUGUAGGCAUAUCCCAAAGCUGAUAAUCAUUAUGAUGGGUCACAUUCUUGGUCUUUCUUCAACCUUUAAAAUGUCGUGUGACUGUCAUAAGAAAUUGAAUCUUUAUUCCAGGUAGUGGUUCCCCAUCCUAUCCUGCCCCGGCUAUAUGUCCCGUACGAUCCUUUGCCUUGCAGGAACAGGUAGUAUUGGUUAGUGUUGCUUCUUUUACACCCUGCGAUCUAUCCCCGGAUGUGGCAUAUCAAUCUCUCGAAACAGACUGCCCAUCAAGUGUCCCGUGUUUAAAAUGAGGUUGAGAUGUACCACCCCACCAAUAUCCUGGAAUGAUUCUGUUGGUUAGAUUGUAUGCGGUGCCCCACGCCGGAGGU